CCAAGUGCAGCUAGCCUGCACGCUUACCCGUCGAACCCCGACUAGGCCACCUCAAUCAUCGAGCCAGGCUUUGCUGUGACCUCACCCCUUACUACAGCAUUGCCCGGCGUAUGCCAAUCAACCGGUGUUUUUACACGUCCUAGUUAACGCUAGGUCCGAACCGGACUCCAGAGAUCUAUGUGAGCAUGGAGGUGUGGGCAGUAACAUUGGAUGCCUCCGCUGUGGGCGAGCUGGAAGAGUUGUAUCAGAAAGGAUUGCUCGUGGUCGACGAAGCGUCCAAGACACAGCUCAAGAAGUAUUAUCAUCGCAUAGACAGCGUCCGUGGCUUGAUUGGGCGCUGCCUCCCUCGGCUGCUCCUCAAGGAGCGCAACAUUCCUGUGGCUUCUGCGCGAUUUUCCAAGACACCCGCCAACAAACCCUAUAUAAGCUCGCAGCUCGACACACCAAUCGGCUAUAAUAUUACUCACGACAACGGCGUGGUCGCGAUGGCGUUUUGCAGCGGCUCGGACCUCUAUCCCGAUCCCCCGGCCUAUAGAAUUGGCAUAGACGUCAUGCUCCUCCAUCUACCGAAGCGCGACACUUUCCCCGGAUUUGUUGAGAUAUUCAGUGACCAGCUCACCACGUUGGAGCGCAAAAUCCUACUGCCUCCUGCAACAGCCCCAUCGCUACCUCCCCGCGAACAGCUCCGUCUAUUUUUCCUCAUUUGGACGCUCAAAGAGGCAUAUACGAAGGCGCUGGGUCUCGGCAUGGGCUUCGACUUCAGUCGUAUCGAGUACGAUGUCCCGAACGACGUCGUACGCAUCGAUAGCAAGGUUCCUCUUGGGUGGGAGUUCAUUCGCUUUGAGCUGGAGAACACGGUCAAGGAUGGUGCUAUUGAGGAGUAUGUUGGAGUCACUGCCAGGUUUGUCGGCGAAGAGGCUGGUUCUGAAUGCAAAGUCAGGACGGUGUCAUCUCCAGGCUGGAUACGGGUGCUGGAUGCGAGGAAGUUUUUGAACACAGUGAUUGAAGAGCUGACUGUAUGAGCUUGUAGAAAUUCCGUACAAGUAUGAUGUGUAUGUAUUUGUUCUCCGAAGCCUAUAAAACGU